AUGUCUGAAGCAAGUACUCCAGUUUCUUCUAAUACUGCAAAUGGAAAUAAUCGAGUUAAAUCUCAACAUCAUUUCGACAUUAUUCGUGACCAAGAAAUAAUUGGGGAUGAUUUUCUCGAUUUUUACCGAACAAAAAUUCCGAGAUUGCGGGUUAAAAGUAGGACCAGCAUCAUGUCUGGUAAAAAUGGUCUCGGCAUUACACGUGUUCAUUACCAGCUAACCUUUCUAAGAACAUAUCCGUUUAAAUAUGACGAUAAUGAAUUGCAAAAAUGUAUAAAGGAAGUUAAGCGUAAGUUGGGAAACGUGGGAACUAUACUUGCUAAUAGCAACGAAGCCAUGUGGUGUGAAUAUAUUUCACCCAUCCUUCACGCUUCACUCUAUAUUGUCAAGAGAAUAACCAAAAAAGGGUUUAGUAUAGUUCCUGAGUUUGAAGUUGUGUGA